AUGCAGGUAUACCCCGAGCCUGCCCCGCCCUCCCCUGUGGAGAACCUACGGUGGUUGGAGGAUCAUUUAGACGUGACAUACUCCCCUGUAUGUUGCUCCUACAAUGCUGGAACUACGACCCUUCUCCUGCGACUACCAAAUGCAGAGGAGGGCAAUGGCGUUGCUGCUUGUCCCGCCAGCAGUGUCGGCAGCCACGGUCGUGAUGCUGUCCUGGAUGUAUUAGGGUGGCGGCGAGAGGGUGCAAGGGAGCAGAACCUGGUAGAUAUUUUUGGCCGUAUUCAAGAUUUAGACGCCUUGCAGCUGCAGCGCCUACCCGUCUCAUGGGGCGCAGCAGAAGGCGGGGUGUUGAGGCUUCCGAAGGACCAGGACAGUUUCACUGUUCGCCCAGGACCUGAGGGUGGCUCGCUCGCGCAAAUUGAGGAAACCGCGGGUUCCUGUGAAGGUGGAUCCACCAAUGCGGAGCGUCUGGAGUCUUCUCUUUCCCGUGCAGAGUUCAAGCAGUGCGAGGAGGCCUACAGUUUGCGCAGCUUCCUCAAUUCGUGUUUGAUGUUACCUGGGAGUCGCAGGCUCUCAGGUGGAUGGAGGAAGAAGGUCUGCGCGUCUGCAGAUGCGCAGCUGUCGCGCAGCCCCGAGCCUGCAUACCCGAGAGGACUUCCCUUCCUACAGUGGCGCGGCAAACUCCCCAAAACAGCAGCAUCAGCAACCGCCGGUUCUGCAGGAGAUGGGCCGGUGGUAUCGAGGGGAACGGGAAGCGCCAAAAAACGAUUCUCUCGCUCCGGUGGGGGAUAUGCCGAGCAGAAGCACGAAGCCCGCGUUGGAGGAGGGAUAGUGCAGCACUCGAGUCGUUUGUUGUCGUUGAGGAGAAAAGUGAAGGGCGCAUCAUCAGCAGAAAGCAGCAGCAGGACCAACGUCGCGUCUACUUUGUCCUUGGGGUCUUUGGGAUGA